AUGCCCGCAUCCGACAGAACCAGCUCCGCCAGUAACAAUGGCAAGAGUCUCAGGCCCACCCUUGCGUCCAGUCGCACGAACAAGGCGCCGCUCACCCCCAAGCUCGCAUCCACCCAGCCUGCGCCCUCCGCUCGCGCCGCCCUCGGCGUCUCCAGCACCGCUUCGCGCGCCAGCACCAGAGACGACCCGCCGUCGCCCCAUCUGAGCAAUGUGACGCCGCGCUCCUCAUCGCGCAAGUCGAGAGCCAGCAGCACCCAGUCCACCCCCACCGGCACCCCCGACACUCCCACCGCGCCCCGUUUGACGCUGGCCGAUACAAUCCCGAGGAGCGCCCCUGGAGGCAGCGGCCCCUCGCGCCCCAGGAGCAUCGUGGGUGGCAACGAUGGGCCGCGCGUUGGGCCCGUACUGGCUGCGCCAGGCGGCAGGAAUUCACGCCCCAGCAGCGAAGUGGGAUUUGGCUCCAAAGACUCUUCAGCCAUGUUUUUCCACGCCAGCGAAGCAAGACGUCAUGAACCCACAUCGAACCCUGUCCUCAAGAACCCCACAAACUUCUUCUACGCAAGCGCGCCGAGGGAAGGAGAGCGGAGCGCUUCAGCAGGGGUCAAGUCUCCUCCUAUAUCGGCUUCCGAGAGAAGCCGCCCGCCAAACAUCGAAAGCAAGUUCUUCCACGCAAACACAAUCCACAACGACCGCGGUACCAACUCGCCAUUGCACUCACCGCCCAUCCUCUCCGCGACCCCGGACCCGCAUUUCCAUCCGCACACGUCCGGCAAGGAGGGCCCACGUCCAGUGUCUCCGAAUAAGGAUGCCCUGCACCUGUCAUACAGGAAAGGGGCCUCGCAGAUUAUUCGGCCAAAUGGGCACUCGCGCCCCGCAUCCGCCGUGUCGGUGUUCUCCAACACUGACGCCAAGGAUGCAACACCGGGGCAUCGCAGGAGGUCGAGCACCGAGGUCAGCGGCGUUCAAAUCGGCCACCACAAGAGCUCGAGCAUGUCCUCGAUCGAUUCAGUAUGCUCGAAUCGGAGGAUUUCUGGGGUAGACCACUCGCCGAGCCCCCUCCAGGUGGAUAUAACAUCUCCCUCUACAGUAAUGUCUGCAUCGACGAACUUGAAUAAUGACGGAAGAAACGGAAAGGAGCCCAAUGGAUUGCAAUCACCGCUCUCACUACCCCAGAGUCCAGCGAGGCAGAGCCCCGACGGGUCGGAUGACGCUGACCAGCAGCCGAAGAGCGCGCUGCAGAAGAUGAACGAAUUGGCUGCCAACGCGAGACGAGAACGCAAAGUCAUGGAUUUAGAGAUCAGCAACUCUUCGCUCCUCGCCAUUAACCGACAGCUUGAACGGGAAGUCCGCAAACAGAAGGCUGAGCUUAAGAGGUUCCGACGGAUGAGCAGGACUGGCCAAAUGGCACCCGGUGGCAACAAUGCAUCUUCGAAUCUGGGCUCUCUCACCGAGGGAGAAACAGCCGAGUUCGCCGAUGAAGAAGUCCUAGGUCUAGGAGAGAAUGAGGAUGACGAGGAUGAUGACGACCAGGGAGAGCUCUCGUCGAGUGAAUCCUCACUUAGUGAAAGCAACAUGAGCGCGAGCGCACUGGCCGAGAAGGAUGCCAAAUACCGAUUCCAAGACCAGAAACGCCUGCAAUUGGACCUGGCCAAGCACAAGGAUAUCCUAAUUGACAGCCAAAAGAUGAACCAGAGCUUGAAACGCUGCCUUACGGUCACGGAGGAUCUGAUCAAGCAAGGGAAAAAAGCGCUGGAAUACAAAAUUCGCGUGAGCGACGUCAAGCUGGGCGGGCGCAUCCUCAGCCCUGAAGACCAGGGCCAAUCCGAUUCAGAGGAAGACGAAGCGCCCCAUGGAGGAUCACUCCUGAGCCCUUGGACACGCCCGGAUGCAUCUGCCGCAGUCAGAGCGUCGUUGGACAUCCCGCGGACCGAUCGUGACAGCGGCAUAGACAUGCGAGCCCCAAAAGCCCCGGCGGAUUACUUCAAUGGCGUCGGCGACAGUGAUUAG